AUGGGCAUUUGGAUCGCGUACGUGACUAAGGCGGAUGGGAAGCAAGCAGACGAGGAAAUGUACAAGAUCCUUAGAGCGGUUUACGGCGACGGCGAGCUGGCGACGAUGCUUGCUGGAUCGAAGCAGUACUUCACGGGUAGAGAAGAGAUUCAACAUAAAGUUUGGGUGAAAACUGCGAAAACAAUUAUCACCGCUCUGAAACUGAACACCCAAGGCGAUCACCUUUUGGAGAGCCCAGCAGACGAAACUUUGGCCAAAAUGUUUAUCGCGGCGAAAGAGAGCGUGACCACUAAGUCUAUUGACGGGAAAUUGGAGCAGGCUCAGAUGAAAGAUUGGUUUCGUGAUGGGAAGCCCGCAGGUGAUGCUUUCAAGCUGCUGAAGCUGGGCGAUGAAGUGGGCAAUUUGCUGACCAACCCGUAG